UUAAUCAAUUCCCUCUUCUUUGCUCAUCAGAACAGAGCACAAAACAGAGUAAACCUUCUUCAAGUUCCAUUAAAAAUGGAAGAGACAAGUGAAUGUCAGCCAAACCCAGAUUUUUUUCAAGUUCUUGACCCAAUUUCUCUUAUUCUUUCUCAGAAUUCAAGCCCCACCAGCCCAUUUCCUUUAAGGCUAACAACAGAGAGUUCUGUAAUGGAAAGGGGCCCCAGGUACGGAGCAUACGCAGAGUUGAGAGAAACAAAGCUGAGGAUGAUGCAACGAGAAAAGGAACAAGUCGAAAUCAAACAAACACCAACGAAGAAACAAGUGAAGUUCGGUUCGAGCGUGGGGAUUUCCAGGAAAGGGUCUUCUUCUUUGGUGGCUCAAUCGGUGCCCGAUUUUUCAGCGACUUUAAGGAAAGAAAAUCGAAGGCCCCCGGGGAUUGAGUUGACGCCGCCGCCGACGGGGAAGAAUUGGUCGAAAGGGAAUGAGGGGUGGUCGUCGAAUUCGAGGGGGAGUAAAUCUGCAAAUGCGGGGGAGAAAAAAGGGAGGAUGACGAUGAUGAAAAAGAGUUUUGCAUCCGUCGAAGAUUUGAAAGGGAUUUCAUUAGCUGCAGCCAAUGCUAUUAAUGGUGAAAACAGGGGAGGGAAGACUAAUGGCCGAGGUUUCGCCGGUGCUAGUAAUACUAUUUUGAGGUAUCGGCAGUUCUAGAAUUCCUUUUGGUAAUAAAAGGGGGCUUGAAUAUCAGGUUGGUUUUCUGGGUUUCUUGAUUGGGUUUUGUUUACAGGGAUCUGAUUACAUGGUACAUAGAU